AUGGACAUGCUCAAUCGUCUGAAAAGUGCUGUCACCAGUGUCAUACCUGGCAAUCCCUUGUCUCGAGAUUUUGAUAUACAAGGUCAGGUGGCCAGUACUGGACCAGGCUUGCUUUGGAAAGUGUUUACAGCUGUGAAAAAAAGCACUAAAGAGGAAGCUUCAGUAUUCUACUUUGACAAGAAGAGCAUAGAGAAGCACAGUAAGAAAGACAGAGAAGUUAUUAUUGAAACCCUCAAACGGGGUGUGCAACAAUUGACCAGAUUAAGGCAUCCAAAGAUUCUCUCCGUCAUUCAUCCUUUGGAAGAAACCCGUGAAGCACUGGCAUUUGCCACAGAACCAGUGUUUGCCAGUUUGGCUAAUGUCCUGGGUGCCUGUGACAACAUAGGUGGACCUUCCAAGUUUCUGUCUGACUUUCAGUUGUAUGAAGUGGAGAUUAAACACGGAUUGCUUCAGGUUUUAGAAGGUCUGGGAUUCCUUCACAACGAUGCCAAGAUGAUACAUCGCAACAUAUGUCCUACGUCUAUCAUCCUGGCCAAGUCUGGCACAUGGAAGCUGGCAGGUUGUGAGUUUGUGCAGCAGGUUGUAGAAUCCCAGGAUCAGAAGCAAGCCUAUCAGUGUAUUGAGUGGAGGAAUGAUACUCCGUGGGAAGCUCAGCCUAAUUUAGACUUCAUGGCUCCAGAGUAUGAGUUGACUCAUGACUGUUCCCCUGCCAGCGACAUGUUCUCCUUUGGCAUCCUCAUGUUUUCUCUUUACAAUAAAGGGAAACCACUAUAUGAGUGUAGAGGAGAAUUGAGGGUUUUCAGACAAAAUGUACAAGAGGUAUACCAUGUGAAGUUGUUGCUAAACAUAGAACCCACUUUACGUCCAGAGACAGCUCAGAUGAUGAGGAUUCCUUUCUUUGAAGAUAUGGCUUGCAUUGCACUGCAGUAUAUUGAUUCAUUAUAUCAGAGAGAAAAUAUGGAGAAAUCCAACUUUUUUAAAGGUCUUCCCAAAGUGAUUGAGCAUCUUCCAAAGAGAGUGAGCCAACAGAGAAUCCUGCCUGCAUUGUUCAAGGAAGGCAUAAACAACAACAUGGUGCCAUUCAUUCUGCCCAGCAUAUUCAUGAUAUCUGAGCAGUCUACCAAAGAAGAGUAUCAGGCUCUUGUGUUGCCAGAACUAAUCCCCUUUUUCAAGAUCAGGGAGCCUGUUCAGGUCAUGCUUAUGUUCCUUCAAAAUAUGAGCCUCCUGUUAAGUAAGACCCCAGCCCAACAAAUCCAGACCUAUGUUUUCCCGCUGAUCUUCUCUGCUCUGGAGUCAGAUAGCCCUCAGAUUCAGGAGUUGUGCUUAAGCAUUAUCCCAACAUUUGCUGACCUUAUUGAAUACACAACACUGAAGAAGUCACUUAUUCCCAGAAUCAAGAAACUGUGUCUAGGAACCUCUGUGUUGACGGUUCGUGUUAACUGCCUACUGUGUAUUGGAAAACUAAUGGAUCAGAUGGACAAAUGGUUUGUCUUGGAUGAGAUCUUACCAUUCCUGCGAGAGAUUCCUUCAAGGGAACCUGCUGUGCUAAUGAGUAUUUUGGGCAUCCAUAAAGUGGCAUUAUCAGAAGCCAAGCUGGGAAUUACCAAAGAUGUGAUGGCCAACAAAGUGUUACCUUUUCUCAUCCCACUGAGUAUUGAUAAUAACUUGAAUUUAUCACAGUUUCUUGCAUAUAUGGGAGUUAUAAAGGAAAUGCUGGGCAAAGUUGAAACUGAGCACAGAACCAAGCUAGAGCAGCUGGAGCAGAUACAGCAUGAACACAAAACUCUGGAAAUUAGCAAGAUAACUGGAGAAAAUGGGACACUGGGAAAACAAGUGGAAGGGAAGUAUUUAAUGGAUAAGUUUCUUGUCAGUUUUGGUCUGGGCGGAAUGUCUCCACAUGCUGGGUCAGGAGACACAGCUAAAACAGUGUCUUCUCCAGCUUCUGCUGUAGCUUCACCCAACAAUGAUGCUUCAGAAUUUGUGACUCCCAAGAAGACAAGCCUUUCACUUGAGGAGAAACAGAGGCUGGCAAAACAAAAGGAACAGGAGAGAAUGCUGAAAUCUCAGAAAAGCCUUGUACCUCAGAAUCAAGUCUCCAGUCCUGUCCAAAGCAAAACUAGUCCUAGCUCAUCUGGUCCUCGAGAUCUGACAUCCACCUUGAUGGAAUCCAAUAUGAGGAACUUAAGCAUGUCUUCUAAAGCCAGCCCAAUGACCGGUGUUGGUUCUGUGCAGUCUGGUAUGACACUCAGUGGAGGAAUGAAUACCAUGCCUUCUGCAGGUGUUACCUGGCAAGGUGGUAACACCAUGGCAGCUUCUUCAACAGUGAACUGGGCUGCAGCAGCAUCACCACAGUCAUCCCAGUACAUGAGCUCACAGUCCUUAGGAUCAUCACCUUCACAGCCACUAGGGGGAAAACCUGUAGACCUUUCUUCAUUUGACUCACUGCUUCCUGCUUCUUCCAGUAAGAAAACCCCACUUAACCAGUUGGGGCAGUCUCCAGGACCAAGGCCAGGUAUGCAGUCUAAUCUGCAACAACCGAUAGCUUCAAACACUCAUUCAAAUAUGAUGGGAGUUGGAGGUAUUCAGGGCGGUCAAAAUGUGGCUUGGGGUGGAGGGUCAGGAUUUUCUUCUCCCUCCAUCUCUAGUUUUCCUCAGCAAUCUGCAGUAGGGGGAUAUAUGAAUCCUCAGACUUCUGGCAGCUGGGGAGGCCAGCCAGUUGGUGGAAUUGGACCUGGUCAUGCAGGGAUGGUCACUGGUGGGUUUGGGUCAUCACCUGGAAUAAUGCAGCCAAUGAAACCAUCAGCGCAGAAUUCAGGGGUAAAAAAUAACUCUUUAACCAGUGAUGACUUGAAGGAUUUACUCGGAUGA